GUUGGUCCGCGAUGGCAGCUGUUGUGGAAACACACGUGCGGGGCUCAGACACAGAGCUCCACAGCGAUGAGGAGUUUGAAGAGGAAGGAGACGGCGGCUCGGAGGAGGGAGACGGCGGCUCGGAGGAGGGAGACGGCGGCUCGGAGGAGGGAGACGGCGGCUCGGAGGAGGGAGACGGCGGCUCGGAGGAGGGAGACGGCGGCUCGGAGGAGGGAGACGCCUCUGAUGAUGGAGGCAGCGAUGGAGAGGAGGCUGAGGACGAGGCCGGCGACCCUGAGGAGGAUGAAGAGGCUAAUGCUAAUGCUGGCUGGGCUGAAGCUAUGGCCAAAAUCCUGAGCAAACCCACCACCCAGAACCAGAGCACCAUCCUCCAGAAGAACAAAGAUCUGCAGAAGGUGAAAGAGAAGGACCGCAAGGAGCAGCUGGAGAAGAGGAAACAGCUGGAAAAGAAGCGAUCGUGGGAGAUGAUGAGUCGUGUCAAACCCGACGUCGUGAAGGACCGCGAGGCUGAGAAGGCUCUGCAGAGGAUCGCCACCAGAGGGGUGGUGCAGCUGUUUAACGCUGUAAAGAAACAUCAGAAAACGAUGGAUGAGAAGGUGAAAGAAGUGGGCGGGUCUGAGCGGAAAAAGGCCAAGAUCCUGUCAUCUGUGUCAAAGAAAGACUUCAUCGACGUUUUGAGGAGGACAGAGGAGGGGCCGAGGAGAAGCAUCAAGAAGGAGCCGGAGGCUACAGUGACUGUGAAGCAGGAGGAGGAGGAGGAGGCGCCGUCCUGGAGCGUGCUCAGAGACGACUUCAUGAUGGGAGCUUCAAUGAAAGACUGGGACAAAGAGAGUGACAGAGAGGGAGAAACGGAGGAGAGAGGAGCCCAAGAAGAGGAGAGCGACUCAGACUGAGGAGAGAGAGAUGGAGGAGAGGGGGAGCAGGGGGAAGUGAGGGAGAGAUGGAGGUGAGGAAACAGGUGACGGGGACCCAAGAAGAGGCGAGAAAACUGGACAGAGACAAGAGAGAGUGGGACUAGAAUAACUCCAGUGUAACAUUGGGCUGGAGGAUGGGCAACAGCAGAAUGUGCCUUUUCUCUUUUAAUUCAUGGUGUAAAAUAUCUGGGCUGGCCCACAUGAAACAAAACCCAGAAUAUUAAAAAUGUGAAGGAGUUUCUGAAUCUCAGUCUGUGGAUCCCGCCGCUUCCUCCUUCUGAAAUUAUGACCUCAUCAAAUUCAAAACCAGGACACGGACAAUGUGGGCCGCUCUCUCCCUGCGUAACAGGUGAAUAUGGGCCACUCUUCCCCCGUGGAACAGGCGGGUCAACGUGGGCCGCUCUCUCCCUGUGGAACAGUCCAGUGAAUGUGGACUUCACUCUGGAAUUUACACUUUAAAGACUCUUGUCAGAACGUGAUUUUGAUUUGUUUAUGGAAC